AUGCCGGGAAUCCAAAACCUCCUCGUUCUCCUGGUGGCUGCGUUGACUGUGAGCAAUGUAGCCGCCUCGCCGCUGAAGAGAGAGCUUCCACCAUGGCCGAGCACGCCUACUCCGGCGACUGUUACGCCGGCACCUACCUCCAUUCCUGGCAACGCCGUGAUCCGCCCCGCUACAACGCCCUCCCCGAGUACCGGCUGCACGACCAAGCUCUUUGAAGCGCAGAAAAUGGGGGCGGUCGAGAAAGGGACAUGCACGUAUUACGACUCCUACACCACAGUUACCGAGUACGUCGACUGCGGAGGCUGCACCCUACAGAUGCAACAAAUGGGCCACGGACCGGUCGCGAAGUGCAGUGCCGCCACGACGCUGCCACUGGGAACGACGACGGCGACGAGCUGCAGCCCCAGCAGCAGCAACUACGAUGACGCCGCCACUACUCCCUCGACAGCCAGGCCAACGGUACUGCCGGAUCGCGAGCCGCCGCGGUAG